UUGUGGCAAAUUACCGAAUGAAUUAAAAAUAAUGUCAACAACAAUGCGCACGACACUGCAAACAGUUCCUGAGUCGUUGCCCGCCGCCGCCGACAAUAGUGCAGCCACAGCAGAGGGCAAUGCAACAUCGAAGCUGCUGACAUCGUCCACAAUAACGACAACAACGUCGGGCUCGGCCGGCGGUACAACUACAACAAAUGGCACAACAACCCCAACGACAAAUUCGGCUGCUGCCGCGGCUGGUGGCGUGACAUCGCUACAACAAACAGCCCAGCCCCAGUCCUCACAAUCGCAGCAGCAACACAGUGUGCAUAGUUCAGUGCAAUCGGUACAAGAUACUCAUCAUGACUCCACAAAUGCAAAUACCAUUGUACUGCCUUCGACGACGACAACAUCAGCCACCUCGUCGACCGUUGCCAAUAAUGUAACGCCAGCCAAUAAUACUACGGCCACUUGCACUUCGAGCAUUGCGACAUCUUUAGCCAAUGCCAAUCAGACACAAAACAAUAGUUCUUACCAGCAGCAACCGCCACCAGCCCAGCAACAACAACAUCAUGCUCCAUCGACACCAUCACAAUCGUCAUCGUCGUCACAACAUCAUUGCCAUGUUGUCGCUGGUGGUGUAGCGUCAAAUUCCGUUACGGAUGGUAAUUCUCGCUCAUCAGCAGCGGCGGCCGUUAACUCCUCUGGCGGAGGCGGUAGUGGUUCAUCGUCAUCCAAUCAUCACCACCAUCAUCAUCAUGUUAGCAGCAGCAGUGGUGGUGGUGGCGGUGGAAGCAGUGGCGGUAAUGCUGUUGUCACCGGUGGUGGUGGCGGCGGCGGUGGUACAUCGAUAAUAAGCAAAAAUGUUGUUAGUGGUCAUUCGAAUUCCGCAACAUCGGCUUUAAAACAAAGGACUUCUUCAUCAGCAAAGAUCCCCAUAUCCAAAUUUGAGGGGGAAAUAAUUAUUCUCAGUAAGAAACAGCUGCUUGAGAACAGCUGUUUUGAUAAACAAUUGACGUUGAACGGCAGACGCCAAAUGCACACCGCCAAUGCAGGCUUUGUAGUUUUUCUUAUUGAUAUUGCCAAUAAGAAGAUUGUACUGUUCUAG